AUGUUUCUCGCUGGGACUGGGGCUGUGAGUUUUGGGAGAGAAGACGACGACGACCGGGCUGAGAAACACCACCUCCCGCGGCUAUCAGCUGUGAGCCUGAAUGUCGUAUCUCCUUGCAUCUCCUCGCAUCUCCUCGCAUCUCCUUGUUUCUCUCCGCGAGCGGCACGGCGGCGACCGAGCAGAGAGCCGGAGACGGAGCCCCGGAGCACCGCCCUCCCACCUCUAGAAAAAGAGGCGCGCAUUGCGAGCAAAGAGGAGGAUAAGGAGGAGAAGGAGGAGCACAACGGAACGCUUCGCACUGCACGCCGUCCACGUGCCCGGUCCCCCCUCGCCGUAGACCGUACAGUUAUCCGACUUGGAGUUGAUGAGCUGGCCGUUGGCCAUUGCCGAGAUCACGAUGGCCGAACUUCGCUCGCUCUAGCCUCCUUAGUCCGUCUUCCUUUAUCGAUCCCCGGAUCUAGUAUCGGGGAGAAUUCCUUGGAAGGAACCCUUCGCCGCCCAGACUUCCCCGGUUCUGCCCAGUCCAAGCCCAAGCCCGAUAACUCAAGCGUCCACGGAGAGGGAGGGAGGGUGUGGUUUCGCCGGGGCCCAGGGCCAUGA